CUCCUCUCUGGGAAGUGAGGGACAAACAGUACUGCCCAUAGAGUGAACAAGAAUCAUUUGGGAAACAAAAGGAGAAAUUUUCAGGGACAGAAUCAUUCAGGAAGGGAGGGACAGAUAAAGCUACAUGUGCCUGGCUGGGGUACAGAGCAAGGAAUAAAGAGAAGUAUCUGAAAACAGCUAUCUGAAGACGAGGUGAAUUGUUGGAGGAAGGGACAGGAGAGAUAGCAGACCUAUUUCAAGAGUGAGCAGUAGAAGGGACCAUAAGAAUCUACGGGCUGUCUAAAGUAAACGAGGAAGGGUCCAGGGGCAGUGAGGGAAGGCCAGGACUAGGGCCAAGGCCAGGGCAGGCAUAAUCGCUGAGGGGAUGAACUUCACAGUGGGUUUCAAGCCGCUGCUAGGGGAUGCACAUAGCAUGGACAACCUGGAGAAGCAGCUCAUUUGCCCCAUCUGCCUGGAGAUGUUCUCCAAACCGGUGGUGAUCCUGCCCUGCCAGCACAACCUGUGCCGAAAGUGUGCCAACGAUGUCUUCCAGGCCUCGAACCCUCUGUGGCAAUCCCGGGGCUCCACCACUGUGUCUUCAGGAGGCCGUUUCCGCUGCCCAUCUUGCAGGCAUGAGGUUGUCCUGGACAGACAUGGUGUGUAUGGCCUGCAGCGAAACCUGCUAGUAGAGAACAUUAUUGACAUUUACAAGCAGGAGUCUUCCCGGCCACUGCACUCCAAGGCCGAGCAGCACCUCAUGUGUGAGGAGCACGAAGAGGAGAAGAUCAAUAUCUACUGCCUGAGCUGUGAAGUGCCCACCUGCUCUCUCUGUAAGGUCUUCGGUGCCCACAAGGACUGUGAGGUGGCCCCACUGCCCACCAUUUACAAACGUCAGAAGAGCGAGCUCAGUGAUGGCAUCGCAAUGCUGGUGGCAGGCAACGACCGUGUGCAAGCAGUGAUCACACAGAUGGAGGAAGUGUGCCAGACCAUCGAGGACAACAGCCGGAGGCAGAAGCAGCUGCUUAACCAGAGGUUCGAGGCCCUGUGCUCCGUGCUGGAGGAGCGCAAGGCCGAGCUGCUGCAGGCGCUGGCCCGCGAGCAGGAGGAGAAGCUGCAGCGCGUCCGGGGCCUCAUCCGCCAGUAUGGAGACCACCUAGAAGCCUCCUCUAAGCUCGUGGAGUCCGCCAUCCAGUCCAUGGAGGAGCCACAGAUGGCGCUGUACCUCCAGCAGGCCAAGGAGCUGAUCAAUAAGGUCGGGACAAUGUCGAAAGUGGAGCUGGCAGGACGGCCAGAACCGGGCUAUGAAAGCAUGGAGCAGUUCACCGUGAGCGUGGAGCACGUGGCCGAAAUGCUGAGGACCAUCGACUUCCAGCCCGGCGCUUCCGGGGAGGAAGAGGAUGAGGAGGUGGCAUUGGACGGGGAAGAGGGCAGCGCAGGGCCGGAGGAAGAGCGGCCGGAUGGGCCGGAAGGCACUGGCGGGCACUGAGCUGCUCCCUGUUGGGGAGCCCGCGCACCGGGGCCUGGCGCUGGGGUCGCGGAGGACCUGCUCAGAGACCGCUGCGCCACCCAGCUCGGCGCCCAGCCGCGGGGGAGGGGCUCAAUAAAGGGCUAAUGUGUUCAGACCCGCA